AUGAAGAAGGCCUGGACAUGCAUUUGGAGGGGGCCAGCAGAGCUGCUGUUUCUCUGUGCUGCCCUGGGCUAUCUCUGCUUGCCUGGUUCCAGGGGUGAAGGACUACAUUCCCCUGAGACUACUGUGGUCAACGAGAGCCUUACUAAGAGUAGACAGAGCCGGAGUGUGGAAGUUACCCCACUGCCUAUUGACUGUGAACUGUCCAACUGGUCCUCAUGGACCACGUGUGACCCCUGCCAGAAGAAAAGGUACAGGCAUGCCUACCUGCUGCGACCCUCUCAGUUCCAUGGGGAACCAUGCGAUUUCUCUGACAAGGAGGUGGAAGAUUGUGUUGCCAACAGGCCAUGCCGAACUCAAGUGCAAUGUGAAGGUUUUGUGUGUGCACAGACAGGGAGGUGUGUAAAUCGCAGGCUUCUUUGCAAUGGAGACAAUGACUGUGGAGACCAAUCAGAUGAGGCCAAUUGCAAGAGGAUUUACAAAAAAUGUCACCAGGAAAUGGAGCAAUAUUGGGCAAUUGGCAGACUGGCCAGUGGGAUAAAUUUGUUCACUAACAGUCUGGAGGGCCCAGUUCUGGAUCACAGGUAUUAUGCUGGUGGGUGCACUCCACAUUACAUCGUGGAUACGAAGUUUAGGAAACCUUACAAUGUGGAAAGCUACUCCCCACAGACCCAAGGGCAAUAUGAAUUUUUGCUGAAAGAAUAUGAUUCAUACUCAGAUUUUGAACACAAUGUUGUGGAGAAAGCAGUUAGUCAGUCUAGUUUCCAUCUGGGUUUGAAAAUACCCAUGAUAUUUGAAUUUGGCAUUAGCAUGGAAAGUGAUCAAAGUGAACAUUAUAUUAGCAGAACCAAACGCUUCUCUCACACGAAAAGCAAGUUUUUGUAUGCACGCUCUGCCAUUGAAGUAGCUCACUACAAGUUGAAGCCCAGAAGCCUCAUGCUCCAUUAUGAGUUUCUACAGCGAGUCAAGCGGCUGCCACUGGAGUAUAGUUAUGGGGACUAUCGAGAUCUCUUCCGGGAUUUUGGGACCCACUACAUCAUAGAAGCUGUGCUUGGGGGAAUUUAUGAAUACACACUUAUAAUGAACAAAGAAGCCAUGGAGAGAGCAGAUUAUUCUCUUAAUGAUGUCCAUACCUGCGUCAAUUAUGAUUUUAAGAUUGGUGGUACCAUUAAAAUUGUCUAUGCCAAACUGGGAGUGUCAGUAGAAAAAUGCAAAAAUAUCAUGAAUGAAAUCAAAGAUCGAAACACAAGGAACACAAUGGUGGAGGACUUGGUGGUGCUUGUGCGAGGAGGGGCAAGUGAACAUAUCACCACCCUGGCACAUAACGAGCUGCCGACAGCAGACCUGAUGCAGGAGUGGGGAGAUGCUGUGAAGUACAACCCAGCCAUCAUCAAAGUCAAGGUGGAGCCUCUGUAUGAGCUGGUAACAGCCAAAGAUGUUGCCUAUUACAGCACAGUAAAGCAGAACAUGAAGCAGGCCCUGGAGGAAUUCCAGGGGGAAGUCAGCCCCUGCCACUGUGCUCCCUGCCAAGGAAAUGGAGUUCCCAUCCGGAAAGGAUCACGCUGUGAAUGCAUCUGUCCUGUUGGAUUCCAAGGCUCAGCCUGUGAGAUCACCAACCAGAAAAAUGUCCCCAUUGAUGGGAGGUGGAGUUGCUGGUCCCAGUGGUCUUCAUGCUCCGGAGGACAUAAAACAAGACAAAGACAAUGUAACAACCCACCUCCUCAAAAUGGGGGGAACCUCUGCUCUGGCCCCGCUUCAGAAACAUUGACCUGUUAG